CCAUAAGUACAAGUAAUCUUACAAUGGCACGCUCGACGAGACAGCAGCAAAAGCGAAAGCGGGACGAUUUAGCAACGCUGGAUAAAAGUUUUAUUGUGAACGAAGAACAGGAUGAUGCCGCUGCUGAUGAGCUUCCGCCAACUAAAAAAGCGAAAGAAUCCAUGAAAAAGCUCGAACACAAAGCAGAUUAUGCGCUGAACGGAAAAAAGGAUGAGAAAAUGGAGGUGGACGUGUCAGUUGAAAAGAUAGACGUGUGGAUCGGUGCUACGAAUGCAAACAAGGUUGGCCUUUAUUACGGAACAGCUGCCGAUGAACGCAACUGGACAGGCGUGCCUGAACUGGAGCCUGAAUCAAGAAGCUUAGAGGAUGCUUGCGUUUGGGCUGCUAUCCAGGCAAUCGAUAGAUGCGGUAGCGAGGUCAAGCCUGUAUUUAUCUAUACGGACUGUGGUGCUUUAUGCACAUCUGGUAAGACACCUUUUCUGUUUCCGGUAUCGGUUCAAAAGAAAAAAACCAAAGAAAGAACGGCCCUUAAACGAGAUGAGCUUUCUGCAGAUGAAAAUCGCAAUCCAUUACGAGAGAAACUCAAUGAGAAGAUUAAGCAGCGAAGCGGAACAACAGUCAUUCUACACACUUUAGCAACGACCAGCAGCCAGCUUCAAGAAGCUCAAGAGCUCGUUGUAGUCAAGCAGCUGCAACGAAAUGAGACAACAACGGUAGAUGAUAAAGAAGAACGGAAGAAUGAAAAACAGAUUGCUAAAAUGGCCGUCAGUAACAACGAUGCAUCAGUACCAGUGCAAGAGUCAAACGAAAGACUUGAAAAGGAUACAGUAUUGCUUAAAGUAAGCGAAGCAAAAGUAGCCCAUACCCAGGAGACGAUGGUGCAGCAGUCCAAUGACGCUGCUGCUGCUGCUGAUGGUGACGAUGGAAAAGAUGCAUCUGCAGAUGGACCUACGCCUGCUGCUGCUGCUGCAUGGAAGCCGACAGGUGGACUUGCGAGAAAUCUCCUUGAUAUACUCAUGUCGCCCUUUGUCCGUAAAACCCGCACCCGUUAGUUAAGCAAUCCUCCUCCCCAGUCCCUUUCUUGUCUGUUCUCGUCCCGUCACCCCGUUUUUGGUCUUGUUCAUCCCAUCAAUAUCUCUUAAUCCUUUCUCUAUAUAUCCACAUAUACUUUUUCCUCGGCAUGUUGGUACUAUUAUUUCUCUACAGUAAAUAUAUAUAAUAUUUUCCUAAAAAAGAGCGAGUCGUCACUGUAGAGAGACUUUGAACUGAUGAAGGUUGAAGUACCGCAUAUGUUGUUUCUGUUGCAUUUCAUUUAACUAAAUUCAAAAGAUGUAACUCUUCUUUCCGACAAAUCGAAAAACCUUUUAAUUAAGUCUAUAUAUGUCACCAUUUAUACGAAAUGUUUAAUAAAAAGAGUGAAUUAUGACGGCUGCUAUGCUUGUAUCACCAUAGCAACGUCGCUCCCGGCUGUUAUGUAAUAUGGCGGGAAAACCAUGGUAACCAGCCAACCCCGACGGGAUGGUGAAAAAAGCA